AUGCUUUCUGCGCCUAAUGUCGACCUGAGUGAUGAACAAACAGCGGAAAUUACAUAUUCAGCUCAAAUGAAUUGUCUAGGAGAUUAUCCAUACAAACGACGUCGUUAUGCUUUGAUAAUAUUUCCGAAUUCGGUGUUUAUUAUUGGAGGCUACGAUUUCGAUGCCAAAAAUAAAACACGUUCUCGACCAUUGCAUGAUUUCAUAUAUGAUAUUGACAAAAAAGAAUGUCAGCCUAUUGUAUCGUUUCCACCACCUGGUCGCGUAGCCUUCGGUGUGGCACCAUCGGAACGAUAUAUUAUAGUUAUUGGAGGACAAACAUUUGAUAAUAUAAAGGUUGGAUUUGAAGUGACAAUUCUAUGCUGGAUAUCUGUGAAUUUUUAUGUCGGUUGGGAAAAAUUUCCAUCGUACCCACAUCCUGUAUUGGCGCCUGGAGUUACUUUUACCGAAAAUCAAGUGAUUGUGAUCGGUGGAUUUGAUAUUGUUGUGGGAGAAACCGAUAUGCUAUCGAGUCAUUAUCAAUUGAAUUUCCAAGAAAAAGUUUGGCAUCGACGUGCAGAUUUAAAUCCAGCACGAGCACGUACGUUAGUCAUUUGUAUUUAUAAUGGAGAUGAUUUGGAAAUAUACACGGCAGGUGGUUAUAUGUUAAUGAAUGGCAAAGCUCAGGCUAUUGAUAAAAUACAUGCCUAUGAUGCUAAAAAGGAUCAAUGGAAUAAACUAACUGAUAUUCCUGAUCUCCGCAUGGAUCAUGCUAUUACUGUGGCGCAAACAAAGUUGAUUAUUAGUGAAGAGAUGCCAAAUCUAGACGAGCCAGUUCAUCCCAUUAUGAAUCCAAUUCGGAUGUAUGAUUUUGAAAGUGGAGCAUGGAAGAAAAUUGAAAACGAGGACAAUCAGAAUGUUCAAAAUUAA